UACUGUGCAAGAGCUGUGUAGAAAAUACAUACAGCGUGUGUGUGUAUAAAUAGCGCUCGAUCUGAUCGUUUGGGAUCUAAGAAAUGGCGACGAAUCGAGCAAGUGUUCCCAGAUCUGCUGCUGUUUCUAAAGGUUACAAUUUCGCUUCCUCUUGGGAACAGAAUGCUCCAAUGACAGAGCAGCAACAAGCUGCAAUUGUCGCGCUUUCUCAUGCAGUUGCGGAACGGCCUUUUCCAGCUAAGCCCGAUAAUUUAUCCGGGGAAUGUAAUGGGAUGUCUGUAUCAACCAAGCACAGCAAUAUGGAAGAAUCUGGGGAUAUAAAAGCAGUGUUGGUAAAUACAAAUCAGUUUUAUAACUGGUUUAUAGAUCUUGAAGCGGCAAUGAAAUCAGAGACAGAAGAGAAGUAUCAGCAUUAUGUGAGUACUUUAACAGAGAGGAUACAGACAUGCAAUAAUAUACUUCAACAGGUGGACGAAACCCUUGAUUUGUUUGAUGAUUUACAGUUGCAACAUCAAGCAGUAGCUACAAAAACGAAAACCCUUCAUGAUGCAUGUGACAGAUUGCUAAUUGAGAAGCAAAGACUGAUUGAGUUUGCAGAAUCACUUCGCAGCAAGCUCAACUACUUUGAUGAAUUGGAGAAUGUUGCCAACAGUUUUUAUUCUCCAACUAUGAACGUUGCAAACGAAAACUUUCUUCCACUACUCAAAAGACUUGAUGAAUGCAUAUCAUAUGUUGAAAGUAAUCCUCAGUAUGCUGAAUCUGGUGUAUACUUGGUUAAAUUUCGGCAGCUGCAGUCUCGAGCACUGAGUAUGAUUCGUACUCACAUUUCUUCUGUUCUGAAGAAUACUACUUCUCAGGUCCAGGCAGCAAUGCUGAACAGUGGUGGCAGCAAAGCAUCUGUGUCUGAGGGCGUAGAGGCAUCCAUCAUUUAUGUUCGCUUCAAGGCAGCAGCAAGUGAGCUUAAGCCAGUGUUGGAAGAGAUUGAAAGCAGAUCACAAAGAAGAGAGUAUGUUCAAAUUCUUGCUGAUUGCCACAGACUAUACUGUGAACAUCGGCUGUCCUUGAUAAAAGACAUUGUGCAGCAGCGGAUAUCAGUAUUUUCUAAGAAAGAGGCACUGCCAUCUUUGACAAGAUCAGGAUGUGCAUACCUAAUGCAGGUCUGUCAGCUUGAACAUCAACUAUUUGAUCAUUUCUUCCCUUCUUCUUCAGAGGAUAUCUCAAGUUUAGCUCCUCUAAUAGAUCCUCUGUGUACUUACCUUUAUGACACAUUGCGCCCGAAACUGAUACACGAAACCAACAUUGACACUCUUUGUGAACUCGUGGAGAUACUUAAAGUGGAAGUUUUGGGAGAACAACUAAGCAGACGAAGUGAAUCACUUGCUGGAUUACGUCCUACAUUAGAUAGAAUUCUAGCAGAUGUUCAUGAGAGAUUGACCUUUCGUGCUAGAACACAUAUCCGUGAUGAGAUUGCAAAUUAUAUUCCUUUUGAUGAAGAUCUGGACUACCCUGCAAAGCUGGAGCAGUCAGCUGAGUUGAAAUCAGAAGUUAUAUCUGAUAAUCGAAGUGCAGAUGUUUCAAAAUUUUGGUACCCUCCGCUUGAGAAAACUGUGUCUUGCCUAUCAAAGUUGUACCAGUGUUUGGAACAAGAAGUUUUUACUGGCUUGGCACAGGAAGCUGUAGAAGUUUGCUCCAUAUCCAUCCAAAAAGCAAGCAAACUUAUUAUGAAAAGAUCAUCGCAUAUGGAUGGGCAGCUUUUUCUUAUAAAGCAUCUUCUUAUCCUUAGAGAACAGAUUGCACCAUUUGAUAUAGAAUUUUCAGUUACCCACAAGGAACUUGAUUUUUCUCAUUUAUUGGAUCACCUGAGAAGGAUUCUUCGAGGUCAGGCUUCACUAUUUGAUUGGUCAAGGUCAACUUCUUUGGCGAGAACGUUAUCUCCCCGAGUCCUGGAAAGUCAAAUUGAUGCUAAGAAGGAAUUAGAGAAAAAUCUGAAGGCCACUUGUGAAGAAUUUAUAAUGUCCGUCACUAAGCUUCUUGUGGACCCCAUGCUCUCCUUUGUAACAAAGGUGACAGCGGUGAAAGCUGCACUGUCCUCGGGCACGCAGAAUCCAAAACUUGAGUCUGUCAUGGCAAGACCUCUCAAAGAUCAUGCCUUUGCUAAACCAGCUACAGUUGCUGAAAUUGUUCAAAAGGUUAGUGCUGCCCUACAGCAAGAACUCCCGAGAGUAAUGGAGAAAAUGAAGCUUUAUUUGCAAAAUUCAUCAACGCGUACAAUUCUUUUUAAACCAAUAAAGACCAAUAUUGUAGAAGCUCAUAUUCAAGUCCAGAAGCUUCUAGAAUCAGAAUACUCGUCUGAAGAACUAAAAGGUGUCAUCGAUAUGGUCUCUAUACAUGAUCUGCAAGCUCAGCUGGACAGUCUUCUAUAAGAUGAUAGACAUGAAACAUGCAUACUCGUUGUGGAUCAGAUUGAUGUGCUGAAGUCUAAACCUGAGCUUUGGGAGUCAGUUGACUCUAAAUGAUGAGAUCAGUUGCUAGCUUAAAAAGAUGUUGUAACUGGUAGUAGAUUCUGUUUUAUACAAAAUUAUCAUAUAAAAGAAGUGUAGCAGCCCAUUCGAUCAUUUUUGCAAGUACAUUGAUUCAUCGUGCCAAAGAGUUCAAAAUAGUCAUCGUUUGAUUGUGGUCUGAAUCAUGUACACCCGAGUUCCCUGUGUUGCUUCUGCCACCUGUUAUUAUUUUUUACAUUUUUGCAUGUCUAAUAGAUAUUUUGUUCUUUUACUGCUUUGAAUUUUACAUAAAUGUAAAUGCUGGUUAUAAUAUUUAUGAUGAACUGAGUUCUUAAAGCA